AUGGGCCCGAUCUCCAGCAAUGACUUCCGUCCUGGCACCACUAUCCAGUUUGAUGGGAAUGUAUACAAGGUGCUGGAGUUCCUCCACGUGAAGCCAGGCAAGGGAGCUGCCUUUGUGCGCACGAAGCUCAAGAACUUGACGACGGGAGGCAACCUUGAGAAAACCUUCCGUGCCGGAGAGAUGGUGGACGGCGCCGAGGUCAUCAAGAGCGACGUGCAGUUCAACUACCUGGAUGGAACCGACUAUGUCUUCAUGGACAUGGAGUCCUUCGAGACUCAAUCUGUGUCAGCUGAGGUGUUGGGUGACAGCACCAUUUGGAUGAAGGAGGGUGUUGACGUCAAGAUCGUCAAGUUCGGCGACAAGAUCCUCGACAUUGAGAUCCCUCAGACUAUGGUCCUUGAAGUCACUGAGACGGAGCCCGGAGUCAAGGGAAACACCGCGCAGGGGGGGGACAAGCCAGCGACAUUGGAGACUGGAGCCGUUGUUAGGGUACCACUCUUCAUCAAGACCGGGGAGAAGGUGAAGGUGGACACGACCAGCAAGAAGUACUUGUCAAGGGCGAACGAGUAG